ACUCAGCGGCCGGCUUCCUAGACGCGGACAAUCGAGCACAGCUCUCCCAUGACUCUGCCUCGGCUGUCUUCUAGUCCUGCCUGCCCAUGUGGAUUUUCCAGGGGAGGAGUGACCGCGCGUGUGCCAGAGGCCGGUUCAGGAACAGUGGAAAAACUCUUCCAGGCACCCCCUAUGCCUCUGAAGGGGCAGUUGAAGUUUUCCAACAGGAUUCAGUGAUUCCUUCCCUUUCCUAAUGGCAUCACUGGUGGCCAAAGACUCCUACCUGCAGAAUCUAGCUAAGAAAAUCUGUUCCCAGCAGACCGCGGAGCCACAGAAACGAAAAUGGGUUCCCAAACCUGGUGAUCUAGAAACCAGUGGGCCCCCAAAGAAGAAGAAGAAGAAGAAGAAGGAGCAGAAAAAGAAAUUCCAGAAGCAGGAUGAAAAGGCUAAGAAUGUCCAGAAUAAGCCCUCUGACAGCAAGCAAUCUGAAGCUCCUAGCACCAAGAAACCUGCAGUCACCGUGGGGAAGGCAGGUUCCAGCUCCAGUGCAGGCUCCACAGUUGUUCCUACAAGCAAGCCGGGCUCCUUCCUGGCCAUGGACAUUCUGCGCCAGCGGCUACAUGAGAAAAUUCAGGAAGCCAGUGGUCAGGGCCACACCAAAGACCUGUCUCCUGCAGCACUGGAGAAGAGGCAGCGGAGGAAACAGGAACGGGAGAGGAAGAAGCGGAAACGCAAGGAGCUCAGGGCCAAGGAGAAGGCAGCCAAGGCUGAAGCCAAAGCCGAAGUCAAGGAGACUAACCCAGAGCCCCCGAAGGGGGUUCCACAGGGCCUGACCGAACUGGUAUUCAACAAGCUGGAGGUAAGUGAGGGGCCAGUCAGUAAGGCCCAGAAGAAGAAGGAAAAGAGGCAGCGUGUGAAGGGGAACCUGACCCCCCUGACGGGAAAGAACUAUAAACAGUUGUUGGAGCGUGUGCAGGCCCGCAAGAACAAGCUCGAGGAGCUGAAGGAACAGGAUGAGGAGAAGGCGAGGGAGAUGGAGACCAAAAUGAAGUGGACAAACCUUCUGUACAAGGCUGAAGGUGUGAAAAUCCGAGACAACGAAGAGCUUCUGAAGGCAGCCUUGAAACGCAAGGAGAAGCGCCGGGCCCAGAGGAAGCGGCAGUGGGAGAAGCGCACGGCCCAUGUGGUAGAGAAGAUGCAGCAGCGGCAGGACAAGCGGCGCCGGAACCUGCGCAAGAAGAAGGUGGCCAAGAUAGAGCGCCGCAAAGCCAAGGCUCGCAAGAAGGGCCGCAUUCUGCCUGAGGACCUAGAGAAGGCUGGGCUCAACUGAGGGAUGGGGAGACUCUCCCACCACUGCAGGAGACCUAUCUCUCUAACUGUAGCCAUGCAUUUUCUCUAGGCUCUGGAUUCCUGCCUAUGGCUGCCUUAUGCAGCAGAGAGAGAGGCAUUUCUGUGUGUGAGGCACCAUGCCAGGAACUGGAGAGUCAGUGACAAAAACUAAAAAAUUGUCUGUCCUCAAGGAGUUUCUUUAAGAUGCAGCUCAAGUCUUCCAUAAAACCUUUGGCUUAAAUGCUAUCCUCCUAGCUUUCUGUGCAGGUGGUUGCUUCUGGUACCUUUUUUUCCCUCACCUCCAUUCCUUCCCCGUUCCUCACUUCCCAAUAACCCUCAGCCCAUCUCUAGGGCCCCCAAACUGGGUGACACAAGAGCCUGACAUCUGUCCCAGCAGGGUACAGUACCCUGAAUGGUAUAUAGGGGCUGCUUGUAGGUUCUCCAGUCCUGUAGGAAGUUUCCAUAGCUGGUCUAGGAGUAUAGAACAGAUCGUGGAUUUCUUAAACUUCUUGGACUCCAGAGAAGCCAAUAGAAAACCCAGGUUGAAAAAAUAUUUUUUUUAAUCUUUUUUUUUAUUGUGAAUUAGACAAGCAUCAGCAAACAUAAACAUUUUCCAUAUUGAAAAAAGAACAGGAAAAGAGGAUCAUAUAUGAAACUAUGAAUCUCUGUUGUACUUAGUAGUGGUUAAAUCUUAAGACAAAUGGUGGUUACAUGAUCCAGGACUGAUUUAAGCAUGAGGGAAACCUCUCUAAUAUUUCCUUCCAGGAGACAUGUUGGCCAUCGGUUGGAUGGAAUAAUCCCAUUGGAAAGCCAAUUGGAGAAUUCAGUUAGGUCCUUUAACCUAUCUUUUCCUCUCCCAAUUACCGCAGGAGCUUGUUGGACCAACCUGCUUGGAUCUCAUGUAGGAUGGAAAUAAUUGUGUUUGGGAAGUUUCAAAAUAAACAAGUAGAUGCUCUUGA